AUGGGUAUCCGAGAUCCUAUAUCGCGGAAACGGUUCAUCAGGUUUCUGGGAGAAAUCGAGCUUCCGGGUCGCGAGAGGGACGCCUGCAUCGAGAUGUGCCAGUACUUCCACACAUCGAGCCAGGACCUUUCGGAGGAGUUCCUGGUGAGAGCCAGGAGGCACAAUUACGUCACUCCGACCUCGUAUCUGGAGCUGAUAAAUACCUUCAAGGAGCUCUUAUCGCGCAAGCGAGGGGAGGUCCUGGAAGGGAAGAGAAGGUACGAGGCCGGCCUGGGGAAGCUGGAUGGAACCCACAGGCAAGUAGGGAAAAUGCAGGACACCUUGGUAGCUCUGCAGCCCAAGUUGAUAGAAGCUGCCAAGGAUGUCGAAGCGAUGCUCCUCAGCGUCCAGUCGGAGAGCCAGGAGGUGGAGGCCAUCGCGAAAAUCGUACAGAAAGACGAAGAGGCUGCGAAGGCCGUGGCUGACGAAGCCGAGUCUAUAAGGACGGAAUGCGACGCCGAUUUGCAACAAGUGAUGCCAAUUCUGAACGCUGCCAAUGCCGCCUUGAACACCUUGACCCCUCAGGACAUCCAAAUAGUGAAGACCAUGAAGAAUCCUCCAGCAGGAGUGAAGCUCGUCAUGGAGGCCAUAUGCAUAUUGAAGGACGCAAAGCCGGACCGGGUUCCUGGCGAAGGGGGUAGGAUGGUCGAGGACUACUGGAAGCCCUCCUUAAGACUCCUGGGUGACAUGAAAUUCCUAGAAUCCCUCCUAACCUUCGAUAAAGACAACAUCCCUGAGAGGAUCAUCACCAAGAUCCGCACGUCGAUCCUAACGAACCCGAACUUCGACCCGGACAAGAUCAGGAAUGCCUCGACGGCUUGCGAGGGUCUCUGCAAAUGGGUGUUCGCCCUUUCGGAGUACGACGUGGUGGCCCGAGAGGUGGCCCCGAAGAAGAGGGCCCUGGCCAAGGCCGAGUCCACCUAUGCCGAGGCCAUGGCCCAGCUGGAAGUGAAAAGGGCCCAGCUAAAGGAGGUCCAAGAUAGACUCACUAAGCUGGAGGAGCUGCUGGAACAGAGAAGGGCGGAUUACCAAGCCAUGACCGACGAGGUAGACGCCUGCGAGAAAAAACUGAGGAGGGCCGAGGAGCUGAUAGGCGGUCUGGGUGGAGAGUACAAUAGGUGGUCGGAAACUGCGAAGAACCUCGGGAAGCUGUAUCUCCAGUUGACCGGAGAUGUCCUGAUCGGGUCCGGGAUCGUCGCCUACCUCGGCGUCUUCACCAUGCAGUUUCGCCAGCAGCAGCUGAGGAACUGGAUAAAGAUAUGUAAAAGGCUGCAGGUGCAUUGCACGGAGGACUUCCAACUGGUCCAGGUACUCGGGGACCAGGUGCUCAUCAGGUCCUGGAACAUAUUCGGGCUUCCCAGCGACCCCUUCUCCGUGGACAACGGCAUCAUCGUGACCAACUCCAGGCGGUGGCCGCUGAUGAUCGACCCCCAGGGACAGGCCAACAAAUGGGUGAAGAACAUGGAGAAGGAGGCCAAUUUACACGUUAUCAGGCUCGUUCAGGCGGAUUACAUGAGGAUCCUCGAGAACGCCAUCCAAUUUGGACAACCGGUCCUGCUGGAGAACGUCGGGGAGGAGCUCGACGCCGCUCUGGAGCCUCUCUUGCUGAUGCAAACCUUCAGGGCCCAGGGCGCAUUGUGCAUCAAACUCGGCGACUCCGUCGUCGAGUACAGCGAUAAGUUUCGUUUCUACAUUACGACGAAAUUGCGCAAUCCUCAUUACCUCCCCGAGGUGGCGGUAAAGGUUGUUUUGCUGAACUUCAUGAUCACUCCAGUCGGCCUCGAAGAUCAACUCCUAGGCAUUGUGGUGGCAAAAGAGAAGCCGGAUCUGGAGCACGAGAAGAAUCAGCUGAUCAUCCAGGGAGCUACGAACAAAAAGAUGCUGAAAGAGAUAGAAGAUAGGAUUCUACAGGUCCUUUCGGCGUCUGACGAAAACAUCCUGGAGGACGAAUCGGCUAUCGGGGUGCUCAGCUCCUCGAAGACGUUGUCCAAUGAAAUCCAAGCCAAGCAGGCUGCUGCCGAGGUCACGGAGAAGUCGAUCGAUGAAGCCAGGCAGCAGUACUUACCUAUCGCCGUUUAUUCGACUGUUCUCUUCUUCAGCAUCGCUGUUCUAGCGAAUAUCGACCCUAUGUACCAGUACUCUCUGGUUUGGUUCGUGAAUCUCUUCAAGAGCACCAUUGAGAACACCGCUCCCGUCGAAGACGUCCAACAGCGCAUCAAGGACCUCAUCAAGUUCUUCACGUACUCGCUCUAUGUCAACAUCUGCAGGUCUCUCUUCGAGAAGGACAAGCUCCUGUUCUCCCUGAUCCUGACGGUGAAUUUAUUGGACAAGCAGGGAAAGGUGUCCAUGACCCAGUGGAUGUUUCUGCUGACCGGAGGAGUUGGCCUGGACAAUCCGUACCCCAACCCUACCAAAUGGCUGCCAGUUAAAUCCUGGGACGAGCUUUGCCGCCUCGAAGACGUUCCUGGCUUCGAGGGACUUAAAGACUCGUUCGUCAAGGAUACUGAUCACUGGAGGAUGAUUUUCGAUCAUAAAGAACCUUACAACGUUGAUUUUCCUGGUCGCUUUAAUCAACUAAGCAGGUUCGAGAAGAUGCUUAUGUUGAGGUGCAUCAGGCCCGACAAGGUCGUCCCUGCCGUUCAAAACUUUGUUGAAGAUGAAUUGGGAAGACAGUUUGUUGAAUCCCCGCCAUUUGAUUUGGCCUCUUCGUAUGCCGAUUCUCAUUGUUGCAUACCUUUGAUAUUCGUCCUGACUCCUGGAGCCGACCCCACGGCGAUUCUCCUUAAAUUUGCCGACGACCAAGGAUACGGGACUAACAGAUUAUUCUCCUUGUCUCUAGGGCAAGGUCAGGGUCCGAUAGCUGUCAAAUUGAUCGACGAAGGUGUAAAAAACGGCACCUGGGUUGUCCUGCAAAAUUGCCACCUCGCAAAAAGUUGGAUGCCCGUCCUGGAGAAGAUUUGCGAGAAUUUUACCCCGGAUACGGUUCACCCUGAUUUCCGGCUCUGGCUGACCAGCUACCCUGCGGAUCAUUUUCCUGUCAGUGUCCUGCAGAACGGAGUAAAGAUGACAAACGAGCCACCCAAAGGACUUCGGUCGAACAUCACGAGGUCCUUUCUUCAGGAUCCCAUUUGCGACGAGGAGUUCUUUGAGUCCUCUAAACAGAAAGACUCCUUCAAGAAGCUGUUAUUUGCUCUCGCUUUCUUUCACGCGAUCGUCCAGGAACGGAGGAAAUUCGGAGCCAUCGGGUGGAACAAUGCCUACGAGUUUAACGAAACUGACUUACGCAUCAGUGUCCUGCAACUGAAGAUGUUCCUUGAUCAGUACGACGAUGUGCAGUUCGUUGCAUUGAAGUAUCUUACAGGGGAGUGUAAUUACGGAGGACGAGUCACCGAUGAAUGGGACAGGAGGACCCUGAUCACUAUUCUGGGGAAAUUUUAUUGCGAAGACGUCGUUUCCGAUCCUGAUUAUUUAUUCGACGAUAGUGGUAUAUACUAUGUACCCCAAGUGUCCAAACAUGAAGAGUUUCUUGAAUAUGUCAAGUCGUUGCCAAUGGCCACCCAGCCGAGCGUUUUCGGGAUGAACGAAAAUGCGGAUAUAAUAAAGGACCAACAAGAGACGGAAUUGAUGUUCGCAUCGAUUCUUUUAACCCAGGAUCGACUGGAUUUGUGGACACUGAAGGUAAAAUGGGACACUGCCGCUGCGGAUAGGGAAGGAAAAUCUCCUGACGAUAUUGUUUAUGAAGUUGCUGAAGACAUCCUAUCGAAGCUGCCACGAGACUACGAUCUCGUUCUAGCUAUUGAAAAAUAUCCAACUUCGUAUAAACAAAGUAUGAACACCGUCUUGGUUCAAGAGAUGGGGAGGUUCAACAAGCUUUUGCAGACAGUAAGAAGCAGUCUCUUGAAUGUUCAGAACGCGAUAAAAGGAUUCAUCGUUAUGAACUGGGAGUUGGAAGAAGUAUAUGCGUCGAUUAUCACUGGAAGAAUUCCAAAUCUUUGGAAAAAGAGUUCAUAUCCAUCGUUAAAGCCUCUUGGCAGCUAUGUGCAUGAUUUUUUACGAAGGCUACAGUUUCUUCAGGAUUGGCUAGAGCGCGGGCCACCUCCAGUUUUUUGGAUAUCUGGCUUUUACUUUACCCAGGCCUUUUUGACCGGGGCUCGUCAAAACUACGCCAGGAAAUACUCCAUCCCGAUCGAUCUCUUGAUUUACGAUUUCGUACCUCUAAAAGAGACCGCCUUCGUGAAACCCCCAGAGGAUGGAAUCUACGUUUACGGGCUUUUCCUCGACGGGGCUCGCUUCGACAUGGAGACCAUGGCCUUGAACGAGUCGUUCCCUAAAGUCCUGCAGGAAACCAUGCCCUAUCUUUGGUUCGUGCCCAUGACGAAGGAGGAGGUGAAGGAACGACCGACAUACACUUGUCCGGUUUAUAAAACCAGCGAGAGAAGAGGGGUCCUCUCGACGACCGGGCAUUCUACGAAUUUUGUUAUUGCCGUUUGGCUUCCGACCAGGAAGCCACCGGAGCACUGGAUUAUGCGCGGCGUGGCGCUGCUUUGUCAGCUGUCACAGUGA